AUGCUGUUGCUGCUGACAACCCACCUGGCUACCAACUACGCCGCCGUCCGAGCGGUCAGCAUGCGCUCGCUGAACCGGCAGCGAGCGAACAUCGUCAUGGCACACCUCUUGGCGUACGACAAGGUGCUCUCACCGCAGCGGGUCUCGCAAAGGGAACGGAUCUUCGAGUUUCGGGACGGCGCGCUGCGCUGGGCGGACGAUCAGGUCAUCGGACGUUGCAGGAUUGGGGUUCGUCUGGCGGAAGUCGUGGCAAGGCUUCCAGGCGCAGAGGCCGGGGCCCCAGGGGCAGCAUGGAAAACCGGGGCGGGUGUGCGCGACAGCAGUGCGUCGGCCAAGACGACGUCGCUUGCGGCGCUGCUUAAGGUUUUCGAGCACGAGUCGUACCUCCUCUGGUUCGACUCGGCCAGGUCCGAGGCGCUCAUCGUACUCAAGCAGCACUGCGAGCCGGCGGCGCAACUUCAGGCCUGGACGCAGGCGCUGCUGCUGGCAUCCCGCCUCGAAGCCGGAGCCGGGGGGCGCCGAGAGGCGACGGCGACGGCGACGACGACUCAGACGUUGGGGCCACAGUCAGCGGCGUCCCGGCUGGACCUGAGACAAGAACAGCGAGCCGAGCCCGGGCCCAGUGCGGCCGACGGCAGCCGCGUCAAUGCUGAGGUUGAGUCGGAGCUGCGGCUGACGCUAGAGCAAACACGACACAUGUUUGGCGGUGGCAGCGGCACAGCAAAAACGCGGCUGGAGGCGGCGGGCUGGGACCUGAGCAUUGCAGCUCUGGAGACCCACUCGGGCACACGCGCGGGCGUGCGGGCAUCCCGGUGGUCAGAAAAGAGGUGA